ACUCGGUCUCGACUUAACAGGAGCGAGAGGGGCGCGUCGAUAUACACACAGCCGAGCCGAGCAGAGCAGCGCUUUGGGUAUAGAAGAAGGUGCUGAAGAGUAAGAGUAAUCCGGGGCAGGCGCAGACACUCUCCACACACCGAGCUGAGGCUUUUUGGCGGCGCGGGGUUUUCUUUUUGUGUGUGUGUGUGUGUGUGUGUGUUUGUGUGCGAGUGUGUGUGUGUGUGUGUGGCGAUCUUUUAAAACCAUGCUGGAUUGACCGCAGAGAAAGCAGCUGCAAUCAAUGGCGUGGCUUUGAAAUCGUUGAAAAUUUAUUGGGAAAGGAGUGUGAGACAGAGCGACAGCGGGGAGAGGGAGAGAGCGGCGAGAGAGAGGGGUGGAAAUAAAGAUCCUUUCAGCGAUGGAGCUUACAAUGGAGAACAUCGGAAAUCUGCACGGCGUGUCUCACUCUCAUCAGACAGGCGACUUAAUGAACGCCCCGCACGCGCGCCAGUCGUCGGCGUCGCAUCGGAACUUGGUGUCACACGGGCGGUCAGCCAUGGUGUCCAGCAUGGCCUCCAUACUGGAGGGAGCCGGGGACUACCGCACGGACCACGCUCUCUCCGGGCCCCUGCACCCGGCCAUGACCAUGUCCUGCGACUCCGGAAUGAGCCUGAGCAGCACCUACACCACGCUGACGCCGCUGCAGCACCUGCCCCCCAUAUCCACCGUGUCGGAGAAAUUUCACCACCCUCACCCGCAUGCUCACCAUCACCCGGCGCACCAGCGGCUCGCGGCUGGGAACGUCAGCGGCAGCUUCACCCUGAUGAGGGACGACCGCAGCCUCGCCUCCAUGAGUAACCUCUACGGCCACUACCCCAAAGACAUGUCCGGCAUGGGACAGCCCCUGUCCCCUCUCUCCAACGGUCUCGGGUCCUUGCACGGCUCGCAGCAGACCCUGAGCGCCUACGGUCCUGGAGCUCACCUGUCUAACGACAAGAUGCUUUCAUCGGGGGGAUUCGAGUCCCACGCAGCCAUGCUGUCCCGGGGCGAGGAGCACCUGGCCCGAGGUCUCGGGGGCCACGGGGCCGGGCUCAUGACAUCCUUGAACGGCAUCCAUCAUCACAGCCAUCCGCACUCUCAGGCAAACGGAUCCAUGUUGUCGGACCGGGACAGGCAGACGGUGGUGGGAGGAGGGCAGGGAGCCGGGUCGGGACAGGUGGAGGAGAUAAACACCAAGGAAGUGGCGCAGCGGAUAACGGCGGAGCUCAAGCGCUACAGUAUUCCGCAGGCCAUCUUCGCACAGAGGAUCUUGUGUCGGUCCCAGGGAACUCUGUCCGACCUGCUGCGGAACCCUAAACCGUGGAGUAAACUCAAAUCCGGCCGGGAGACGUUCAGGAGGAUGUGGAAGUGGCUGCAGGAGCCCGAGUUCCAGCGGAUGUCAGCGCUCAGGCUUGCAGCCUGCAAGCGCAAAGAACAGGAGCAACACAAGGACCGCAACACAGCGCCCAAGAAGCAGCGUCUAGUCUUCACGGACCUGCAGCGCCGCACGCUCAUCGCCAUCUUCAAGGAGAACAAACGCCCGUCCAAGGAAAUGCAGAUCACCAUCUCCCAGCAGCUCGGCCUGGAGCUCAGCACCGUCAGCAACUUCUUCAUGAACGCACGCCGCCGCUGCGUGGACCGCUGGCACGACGACCACGGCGCCAGCCCCGGGCAGCCUGGGACCUCCACCACCACCUUCUCCAAGGCCUGAGAGGAGAAGGAGGAGGAAUAGGAGGCCUUCAAAGAGCGCUGGGGGACCAGGCUGGAGCAGCAGGCGUCACAAGGAGGUGGCUGUGAAACCUGUCUCUGAUGACCCCACCUGACCCUGGACUGCCCGGGAGGAAAAAAAACAAAAAACAAAAAAACCCUUCGUGCCAUGCAAUCAUAAUUUUUGUCAGUCAAAAUCUCAAGCUCUCACCUGGAAGAAGCAGAAUCUUAAGAGGUGAGGUGUGAAGUCAGGUUCACUCUGCUCUACUCACACAAGGACAAUCAUUGAUUUAGUCUGUUUUUUUUUUUUGUUUUUUACAUCUGACAAAGCAAAGAGACACCAAAGAUUUGGUCAUUUUCUUGGACGGUUUCUACAUUUUGCCAGCCUCCUCCUUCAACUCACCUCCUUUGUGUCUGCCUCCUUUUUCACGCCCUCUCUGUGGAAGCAACAAGGGCGAAAGAACGGCAAUAAAUCUGACGAGACAACAGCACAUAGCCUUAUUAUCAGUGCCCCAUCCUGCACAUUCACACACGGUGAGACGGCCGUCGUAAGGAAAACAGUGCAGCCUGUGGAAAAAAAAAAACAAACAAACAACAAGGCUUUCCAAUUCUCUGCCUCCACCUCCACCCUUUUUAUCCCCCCUCCUGUAGUCUCCUUCAUUCCUCAGCCAAAGGUAUUCCCUGAUGGCCAGCCAUUUCAGAGAGCAGCUCAGGCUGAUCAUACAGCAAACUAAUGAAUUGAAAAAUGAAUCGAUGCAGACGGAGAAAGUGGCUCCUUGACCCCCACCUCCCCUUUCUGCCUCCUGAAGGUGAAACUCAAGACGCUCAGCAGGAGAUCCUCACCUCUUCCAGGCCCAGGUUAUAUUUUUGCACAGAUGUCAAAGGGCCUGCAGGGAGAGAUGUCAUUGUUACUCCGAGCCUGAGCGUAUGGAGUCUGAGUUUCCCUGACCAAAAAGGAGAGGCCGGCACGAUGUCUGGACAUGCUCUUUGUUCUGCUGGGAGCUCGAAUCAAUAACUGGGAACCGAACGAUGACAACAACACGCUCGGGCAUCCAGCCAAACUACAUUACAGCUGCAUAUUAAAAGAAAAAAAAAAAAAAAAAAAAAGCAGAGGAGCACA